CACCAGACCGGUUUGAUGAGAAUGUCUUCAAAAGAAAUUAAGGCCGCGUUGAAGGAUGCACGAGAAGCAGUAAAGAACAAAAAGUUUUCGGAUGCUAUUAAGUUGUGCAAUAAAAUUCUGAAGGAAGACGCCGAAAAUUACAUGGCAUUACUGCUGAUGGGUGCUUCCCAUCAGGAAGCGGACAACAAAAAAGCGGCCAACUUUUUGAAGCGCGCCCUCGCCUGCAACAACGAUCCAACAGUGGCACUACAAGGGCUCGCCAAUUGUGCCGACGAUGCCGACCUUCCGGAUGUAUGCGGACGAUUGCUCGAAUUGACCCCGGAAAAAUAUGUAGAUUUGCAUCAGAAAUUAGAGGCUGUUGCACGAAAGGGAGUCCAGGUGAACGAAGUAGUGAAACUAUUUGUAGGAGAGAUAGAAAACAAUCAAGAGGUACGAAAAAUAUCGGCGUUUACUAGUUUGUCCAGGAUUCUUCUGCAGAAUCAAUCAUUAGAAGAAAAAUAUGAAACAUUGAUAGAACGCAUUUUAGAGCACGAGACUAAAAAUGAAAAUGAUCCGUUCCUGAACGAAAAAUUCAAACGUUAUCUUAAGCUGUUGCAUCGAUUGAAAAUGUACGAGAAACUAGUUCAGAAAGCUUCUAUGAUGUACAACCGGUUCCAGGGUGACAUUUACCCUCUGGAAUGGAUAUGCAAGGUGUACGCAGAAAAGUUAAUUGAAGAAGAGAGGAUGAAAACGCUCGUUGAUAGGCCUUUUUAUACAUAUUUUGAUGCAGCAAUCCAGUUAAACCCAGAAUCGGCAUUGGCACUGGUUGCCCGAGGAAUACGUUAUUAUCGUGAAGGGGAACUAAAACAGGCUGAAGCCAUGCUGUCAAAAGUUGAUACCAUUCAACCGAAUUGGGACAUUUGCCUGAAAGAGUUGGCUGAAAUCUACUGCUGCCAGAAAGCCUAUGGACUUGCUGAAAAUAUCUAUCGACGGAUGAAGAUUGUUAAUGAAAACUUUUUCGUGACAUUGAUCGAAGAUGGUGAUCAGGAAAAGUUGAAGGAAGCGCACUCGAUUAGUGACAACGUGUUAAAGGGCAAUAACAGUUCGGAAAUGUUAUUCUAUGACACUAAAUUGAAGCUUCUACUGGGUCACAUGGAAAAUCACGAUGACCAAUUUGAAAAACUCAAAACGGCUAAUAUGUCGAUAGCAAAACUUGAUUAUUUGAAUGCUUUACGUUUCAUAAUGGAAGGUAGAAAGACAGAAGCUCAAGAAAUUCUGCAAAAACAUGAAGAUGACUGCGAGUGCCUUCUGGAGCUGACGAAUAUAUACUACAGCAAUUCAAACGUUGAGCAAAGCUUUGUAAGUGCUUUAAGGGCUACCAAGCUGCAGCCUAACAAUGCUAAGUGUUUCUACUGGCUAGGAAAACUAUACGUUCACAAUGCGGAUACCACCCGUGCAAGAAAAUGUUUGGAAAAGUGUGUUUCUCUGAAUCCAAGCCACAAAGAAGCAAUCAUUCUACUCAGUUCGCUGUAUCGGACGCUUUCCGAGUGGGAGGCGAAUCAUAAGUUGCUGCAGAACACGGUUAGUCUCGUCGGUGGGAGUGGAUCGGCUUGGGCACAACUUCAGCUUGGAUUGCACCAUUUAGGGCAACAGUCGUACGACGAAGCGAUUGCGGCUUUCCGCACUGUGAUUCGUUACGAUGUGGAUAAUAUUACCAGUUGGGAAGGACUGGCCGAUGCCUACAUGGGCCGUGGUUCGUUUACUUCGGCUAUGAAAGUGUUUGAGAAGACCGCAGAGCUUAAACCGGAUAAUCCGUAUCCAAAGCUUCAAUUAGCUAACAUUAAGAAUAUUCUAAAACAACAUCGAGAUGCAAUACCAUUAUUUGAAGAGUUACUAGCAAGUAACGAUAAAUAUUUCCCUGCUGUCAAGGGUAUUGCAGAAGCUCAUGCUGGACUAUGCUAUUACCAUCUGGGGCAAAGGCUAGUUGGAAAAAGUCGUGAUCAUGCCCAAAGUUGUGUUGAUUUUCUAACUAGGGCAAUUAAAAUCAAACCCAACUUUGUCUGCUUAUGGAAGAUACUGGGCAAUGUAUUGGAUACUGUUGCAGAGUUCCCACAGCCAAGAGCGCAUCUACUAAUUGAAGGAAGCUUGGCGGGCGUUUCCCAUCGAAGACAAGCUUUGUUGGAGGGAGAGAAGCUAUAUGUGCUGGCUAGCAGAUGCUACAGCCGUGCUUUGAAACUUAAUCAAGACAACAGUUUACUGUGGUAUGAGCUGGCUUCGAAUCAAUAUCGUCGAGCUUUGCGGUUCGGAUUUUCUCAGGACGACAAUCAGAAACUACUGCAAUCAGCUGCAGAAGCAGCAAAGCAAUCCAUCAAACUGGAACCUAACCGUUGGCAAAAUUGGAACCUUUUGGGCGUCAUAAGUGCCUCAAAAGAGAUCAAUAACUUAGCAUUGGCCCAGCACUGCUUCAUUGAAGCUAUCUCUUUAGAUAAGAAAACGGCCGCCGUGGGGUGGUCCAAUCUGGGAGUAAUGUAUUUACUUCAAGGAUCGACCAGUUUAGCGAACAAAGCUUUCGGAAGAGCCCAACAGACGGAUACGACUUACAUGAACGCUUGGAUUGGGCAAGCAUUGAUCGCUGAAACAAUUGGGCAGGCGGACGAAGCAAUGGAUUUGUUUAGACACUGCACUCAACUUGGUUACCAUGCCGAAUCAGCGUUGGGGUAUCCACAUUGGGUUUGCUCAGUGCUGGGCGAGGAUGACUAUCGAAAGAAUAAACACUAUCAAUUUGCCAUUGAAAACAUGCACGCUCUGCCUGUGUCACAUGAUUCGAUUGUGUGGCAUUGCGCUGAUAAACACGAUGAGGCAUCUGUCGAAGCACUACGCUUUUUAGGUAACAUCAGUAGUCGUCUUGGUCUUUGGAGGACCGCAUCGGAUGCAUUCCAGAAAGCUGCAAAUAAGGCUGAUGGCGUUCAAAAAGACUACAUCCUCUGCGAUUUAGGGUACUGUCUAUUAAAGCAGAAAAAAUAUGUUGAAGCUGUUGAGUGCUACCAGCAAGUUGCAGAAGCCACAUAUCACGCUACAAUAGGAAAGGCGCUUGCAUUCUUCAAAGCCGGUCAGUAUCAGGAGUCGUACGCCGAAUAUGAAAGCGCUUUGAAUUGGUUGGCUACCACCGAUUUGGAGAAGGCCUACGUUUUGAUAGCCAUGUCUGCUAUGGUGUAUGCUUUUCAGGGCGAGGCGGAUGCCAAAACAAUUCUUUUUCAAUGCAUUACUUUACCGGAACCUCCUAUCGAAGCUCUCUUUUCUGCCUGCGCUCUUGGGCUUCUGCACAAAGAUACGGUCCUCACAGAACUAGUAAUCAAAGAGCUACGCAAGUACGAAAACAGUCCCAAACACGGUCAUCACGUGGUUUAUCUAGUGUCUCAAUUCUUCUUCUUCAAUAAGCAAAAGACACAAUCUCUUGCCUAUCUAAUUUCGCAAGUGCACAAAUUCCCAGACCGUCCCAAGUUGCGUCAGAUAUUGGCGGUAUCGUUGCUGAAAAAUCAUCGAACACCGAAGCAGAAUCUGAUCGUGGCGAGCAGCAUUGCCGAGAGUGCCCUAGUGCUUGAUUUGCACGACAAACAACGCAGUACCCGCGCCAGGGAUGCUGCCAAUUGGCUGGCGGUGGCCAGCGAGGCCGUUCGUCCUGUGGAUGAGCGACGGCGAAAGGUACUCGCCCAGAAAGCCGUUCAUGUGGAUCCUACUUGUAAGGAAGCAUGGAGCUCAUUGAUUAGGAUUUUAAACCCGAAAAAAAUAUGAUAGAUUUAAGGUUUUGGUGCCUACCUAUUUAUACUGCCCAUAAAAGCAUAACUGUCCCAUAUGAAUAGGAAAUUAGCAAAGAUGGGACAAUUAUGCGAGUAUCGGCAGUAUAGGAAUUAUUGGAACUAUAGAUACUGUAGAUUCCAUAGAUAAGCGGAGGCACUAAAAGUUGUUUUGGCAACCAUGAAAAAUAAAUGAUCUUAGUGGCAUCCGUGAAAAAAGUUCAUGCUUUCAUAGAGCUCUUCGUUGUGCAGUUUUGUUUUGUUUUGUGCGUAAAAGUACAAAAUGAAGUGCAAAGCAAAUCUUUGCAACAAUGUUUCGAGGAAUGAUUUGCUUUAUCUUUCCUUCUUCCGUUGUCCGCGAAAUAAAUCGGAAUGUGGAGUGUGGAAAGUGUUUUGUGCUCAUAAUAUUAAUACUUCUCCCUCAAACAACACCAUGAUGAUGGCUACACUAACUACAGUUCGUUGGGCUACAUUAUACUUUUUCUCCGUUUAUCUAUGGAAUCUAUAGGGAGCUGCACCGUCGGGUUAACCUCACUUAUUUUGACAUUUGGCAGGGGUUUGUUUACAUGGACUUAAGAAAAAAAAAUUAUUAAAUGUUUUUUUUAGAUAUUUUGGAGAGGAAUAUGUUUCAAACGAACAUAGUCGGAUAUCAUAUAUUUUAAUUCUUUUUUUAAACCUCAAAUUCACUUGAAUCGACUAACAAGCAAACGUAAACAAACCACGCGUUCAUCGCGUUCAUUCGUGACGUCAGCGUGCAGCAUCCUAUACGGGAGCGAAAAUGAACUACUUUUCUGUCAAACGUGAACCAGCUCCUGGUUGGCCGAUUUCAUGUGCGUAAGAUAGAGAUAGAGAUAGAUGAAGACAGGGAUAGAGAUAGAAAUAAAAGAGGAAGAAGCCAAUUUUCACCUCUUCCUCUUAGCUGGAAACCAGCAACUAUCAACUGUCAAAAGGACUUGUAAUUUUUCGUAUUAGCUGCAUGGUCUAUUGAUAAACAAGGCGGAUAGACUUUCAUCUCGAUUUUUAAAUCAAGAUUAACUAACAAAUUGAUAGCACGUUCCCAUACAUCAAAACCAAAGAUGAAUACUAAGAUGAAACUGUCGGAAGAAAAACUUUCUAUUUUAGUGUCUUUUUUCACGGUCCCUUUCAUCCAAUGAGAACCCCCCGUAUUCAAGGUAAUUUUGUGGUUUUGCUGCCCCCUCGGAAGAGAUGAAAUUUUGCGCUCAUUUUUAUCAAAACAAUCACACCAAAAUCAGAGAUGUCCCAUUUUUUAAUUACUCGAUUAACAACUAAUCGAUUAUUUUUUGUUCGCUGUGCUGCUAUUUUUCCACCAAUGAGAGUGCAGCACAUGUUUGAAACGAUCGGUGAUGAUCCUGUGGAGAUGUUAAUGCUUAUAUCGGCAUGAUCUAACCGAUUAUAAAUAGUUUACUUUUCGAUUCGUUAAUCGAUUAAACGAUUAUUCGAAUGAAAAUCGGACAUCACUAGAUGAAUGUGAAACGUCAUUUCAAAUAUAAGGCCGUUCAUAAAUAAUGAUACAAUUUGAAAGGGACCGGGGCUAAUCACAAAUUACGUCUCCAUGGUAACUGAAAUA